CCAAGAGUGCACCACGCCUCCUGGUACCAUGUACACCUCCUCCGACGUGGACAGCAGGGUCAUCUGCGCCACCGGGACCGUCUCAGGCCAAGUGCAGGACGCCUGUCAGGGCGACUCUGGCGGCCCCAUGUUCUACUGGGACGGCAGUACAUGGAGACAGGUGGGCGUGGUCUCAUGGGGACGGGGCUGCGCCGUGUCCCAAUACCCCGGCAUCUUCACGCGCGUCUCCGGUGAGUACGAGACGGCGGCGGUGGGUGAAAGCGAGCACGCUCCGCCGCUGAUGAUGGGCAUUGGAGCGUUACAGAGAGGGAAAAUAAUCACACGUUGUACGUGGCACUAACAACUCGUCUUGUGGCU